AUGCGCCUAAUCCCAAAACGCAUAAGCUCUCACUUUGAGGCUCCCUCACCAAAACUGAAAAAACACUCGAGAACAACAUAUUACGAAGUAUCUUCAGACGACGAAACAUCCGACGAUUACGAUGAGGCAAUCACUCCCCGCUCGUCGGCAGCAUCGUCGGACAAUGAAAUAUCUAUCGACUAUACGGACAGCACAGGGAACUUUGUCAAGACAAUGAGGACGAUAAAGAAGGAACUCCGAAAAGGUGUCAUGACGAACGGGAUGGAUAUAUCCUCGAUCAUCGAGCAGAACGAGAAGAUCGAUGUCGAAACGAUAAUUAGCGGAAACUUGGCAAACAUACAAGAACAUUCUGUCAAAGCACUAAAGGACCGUGCUAUCUACAUGGCAUCGAGAAUAAAACAGCAACUUCCAUCGAUUUUCACCUCUAUUACACUCCGAAAUCCGUCGUACUGUGACCUUCCGUCUUCUGACAUCUCGUCCUCGUCGCUUACCAAGACCAUAGCCGAUCGUCUCUAUACGUAUUUCUAUCUUACCUACGCUCUGGAUUCAUCUCACCCUCUUCGCAUUUCUCACAUUUCCCGGCUCUCUGACCAAUUAUCUUGUCAAGGGGACUCUGAACUAUCUAAAAAACGGGGUGGCGUGGAAGCAUAUUACGCGGUCCGGUAUACGUUGGACAUGUUCUUUAAACAUAGUAUUUUACCAUCGCAAAAAACGAUUAUGGUUGAGAGGGCUAGAGCGGUAAUCGAAGGGUGUGUGGACAGUGAGGAAAAGUUGAGCAAGAGCGAGAGAGAAUGCAUGUACGCGUUUCAUAAACUAAUGAGCGGGAUGAGGUGGGAUAAGUUAGAUGUUCAGUUGUGCGGCGUUGGAGAAUAA